AUGGCAGAACGUAAAAACGUCUUGGUCCUGAUUGCGGAUGAUUUGGGGAAACAGCUAAGCUGCUACGGAGCGAAAGGAAUCAAAACGCCUAACAUCGACAAUCUCGCUUCGCAGGGGACUCGCUUUGACUACGCCUUUGCCAGCACUGCAUCCUGUAGCGGCAGUCGGUCUGUUAUUUAUACAGGCUUGCAUACGCAUCAAAAUGGGCAGUAUGGGCUAGCGAGCCAUCGGCAUCAUUUUGUGACGUUUGAUCAUGUUGAGACUGCCCCGGGGCUUUUGAACCAGACUGGACAUCGGACUGGAAUUAUUGGGAAGAUUCACGUUGGUCCGGAAGCGGUUUAUCCCUGGGAGGUCAGGGAGGAAAGUGUCACUCGUGAUGUAGCGGUGAUUGCGGAUCAAGCGCGGUCUUUCUUUGAAGAGGUUGACGGGGAUGGUAGACCUUUUUUUCUUACGGUUGGUUAUCAGGAUCCCCAUCGUGAUCGGACUAGGCAAGGAUUCGGUAAUACUGGCCAGUAUGACCCGAGAAUCAGCGAGGGAAGGUAUCAACCGGGUGAUGUCGAUGUUCCUCCAUUCGUCAACGAUACGCCCGGAACUCGCAUCGAGCUGGCGGAGUAUUACAACUCUAUCCACCGGCUUGAUCAGGGCAUUGGACUGGUGCUCAAAGCACUGGACGAUUCCAAUCUUGCAGAAUCAACUCUUGUCAUAUUCUUGAGUGACAAUGGUCCCCCGUUCAUCAAUUCAAAGACAACACUGUACGAUGCUGGGGUUCGGUUACCGCUGAUUAUUCGACAUCCAAAGCGGGCAUCUGCUGCAAGUUCUGCGAUGGUAUCCUACGUCGAUAUCCUGCCAACAAUAUUAGAUUUCGUCGGCCAUCCAGCUACACACGACCCCUUCAAGAAGCGCAUAGGUCAAUCCCUUCUUGAAAUCAUUGGCUCUUCGGCAGAUGAGUCUGAUAUCGCUCGUGAUAGAGUCUUUGGAUCGCAUACUUUCCACGAAGUCACAAACUAUUGGCCAACGCGAUUCAUCCGCGACAGGCGGUACAAAUACCACAGAAACUUGGCUUGGCGCUUGGACUUCCCUUUCGCAUCUGAUAUAUAUGGAUCUCUUUCUUGGGAGGAUAUACGCAAUUCAAACGAGAGUGAAAUCAAGAUUGGACAGCGAAAGUUAAAGGAUUAUUUUUUUCGUGGACCGGAGGAGCUUUAUGACCUUGUGAAUGAUCCGCUGGAGGUUAACAACCUGGCGGGAGAUCCACAACAUGGUCCGCUGUUGGCUAAAUUAAGAUCAGAUCUCGAGGAGUGGCAGCAACGAACCGAAGACCCUUGGUUGUAUCGAGAUGGUGUUUCAGUCUGGUUUAACCGGUAUCAUUUUCCGUCGGGGUUGAAGAUUCCAGAUCGUCUGGACUUUGAUCCUGCACGACCAGGAAAUGUUGACGUCAAGGCAUUCGACGGAAAUCUCUCUUGGGGGGAAGACGUUACUUUAAAGGAGGAAAUUAAGGGAAGUCACCCCUAA